AAUUUGUAAUAAUCGCCACUGCAGCCGAGACAUGUUUGAUAUAUGUAUUUUAUUAUACGACGCGAGAGUCACGAUCGCCACACGUCGGUCAACGAUAUCAAUAAUUACGUUUAACUGCGGUCAAUGGAUUUAUUAUACUCAUAAUUAUUAAUAAUACUAUUAAUGCUGCAUUUGGUACCUAACGCCCUACGACAGCAGUGAUAUGGCAAAAUCCGAAUGCUUUUUUGGUUUUUUAAACGUAUGCGGAUGUGCUCUCUCAAUAGCUACGUUCAACAUGGGUUUUUUUUUGCUUUGCGUCAUCAUUAUAAUUAUUCUUCUAUAUAAAGAGGAUAAAUUAAUAAUAACUGACCAAACUUUUGCAAAGUUUUUCAAACUAAUAGCAAUUGUACUUUUAUUAUUCUUACUAUAUUUAAUACUUUGCAUCAACAAUAAAUUGAAGAAAGCAACAUUUGUGCACAAUAUUCUAUUCAUUCGACAGUGGCUGAUGUUUCAUUGUAUAUUUUAUACAUUAUUAUCUACUUUAUUGUGUUAUUAUCUAUUUAUAAAUCUACAUUAUAAAAUUGUAAUUGUCACAGUUAUUAUUAUGAUUAUUAUGGAAAUAUAUCAAAUACACAUAGUUCGAAGGUUUUAUAACAACGAAUUAGAACACUUAGCCACUUCAAGUUGUAACGCAGACAAAACAAGGUGCUUUAGUUUUACACCAAUUCAAAUGGAAGAAAUAAGUGUUAAAUAUACCCAAUAUAAAUGUAUAAAAAUGCCAAACUAAGAUACUAUAUUUCAUAAAAAUAUACUUGGAUUUUUGUGUAAAAAGCAUUAAUAAAAUAAAAGUUUAUGAUUA